AUGAACGGGCAAUCUUUAGCAAGGGUCCAGAGCGCCCUCGCAAGGCAGGAGGAGGCAUGGGCCGCAACUGAAUAUGACCUCAGAGUGUUGCACCCGAUGAAGAAGAUGACAAAAGAGAAACGAGCGAAGGUGGGGGAAAAGCUGUUCGAGGAGGAAAAGCUGGCCCGCAAACUCGUCAACGUCAUAGAACAGGAGAAAGAGUUUCGCGAGGGAGAGCUAGACGCCCUCACUGGGUCCGCCGCUCUCCCCGGGCCACAACUCGGAUCAGAUCGGAAUCUUGCUUUAUCGUUUGCGUUGGACCGAACCCCAGGAGGGGAAAUGUUAGGGCUCGCUGAUAUUUGGAUUCACUUGCCGUACUUUCCAUCAAGACGAGCGCUCUUUGCAGAGCGAUAUAACGCCAACAACGUCCGGGUUGUCGUCGAGCGCCUAGCAGAGAUUGGGGAAGCUGAGAAAGAGCACCAGGAAGCAGUGGCUGAUCGCGUCAGAGAAGCUGCCCCUACACCGAACGGCAUGGGGAAGGAAGUCACGGCGGCUUCAUCUCAAGCG